AUGAACAUACCUCCAGAAAGAACACAGAGAACAAUGAGCCCAAUCGCAUCUUUAGAACCUAGGAUAGGCAAUUUAGGUGACGAGCUGUCAGGUGGAGGAGCCAAAGGAUCAUUUGCCACCCAUAGCUGAGCCACUGGAACGGGCAGAUCUAGCACCCUCCUAUCCAACACAGCUUUUAAUGUGUGUACGGCUUGAUUAACCGAUUCAUAGAUCUCACCAGGACUGGCAUGAAAACCUUCCGGGAGUAAGUCUAUGAUGAGUGUCACCCGAAUUCGUGCUCCUUCAUCCAUCUCCACAAUAACGGGUUGUUGACUUUUCUCGUCAAUAGCAGGCCGAACAACUGCUCUUAAAACAUCAGCUAUACGAGCCUGGAUAAUCCUUUCCAUCUCUAAAUAUGUGGUUUUAUUUGUAUCGAGCACUAGACCGAUGUAACCGGUUCGGAUGUUAUCUAUUUUAGGUUGAAGCGGAUGUGGAAUAUUCAGACAAUCUCCACCGUCAAAUCCGCACACAGGAAUAUUACAUUCUGGAUGGCAUGUUCCAUCUCUGUAGACUGAAGUGCAGAACUCCCCGGUAGGACAUGAUGACCCCGAAUCUGUGCAGUCAAAGCCAUCGUAGAAGCAGCUGGAUAUUGCACACUCAUAGUCGCAGACACCAUCACGGUACCGUUCCACGCAAGAAGGUUGGCCGACACCAAAUUCCAAUUUCGUCGCUUCCAGGCAAUCGAUCCAAUCUUUACAAGCGUUUAAUUGUUCCUGAUUGAAGCAUCCAGCUUGAACGCAUCUUCCAGAACACGUUCCAUUAGUUUCAUUCGUGCAUCCAAGUUGUCGACAAUGUUCUUCCAUGUCGAUUUGAGUGCCACGCUUCUUAGUUGAUUGACUAUUUUCUCGUUCACAUAGAUCACCUCCAAAGCCUGUAGGACAUUUGCACUCAUAGUGAUCACCCAAGCUAACACAUUGGGCAUUAUUUUGGCAUUGGUGGUGUUGGCAGAUAUCAAAAGGUCGAUCACAAAAUAUGCCUGUCCACCCAGGUUCACAAUUGCACCGAAAACCCGAGAUACGAGACGCUGUCUUGGGUUUAUUCUGCGCUCGAGUCUCGUAGACUUCAUAGAGUGUCUCACACUUGCCAUGGCGACAUUGGUUAUGGCUUGAUUCGCAGGGCAUUUUCGCUUUUUCACAAUUAUGUCCCUCAUACCAACGCGGACAAAUGCACUGAUAGACUCCAAGGGGUGAGGAAUCGCAUCGGCCAUUGUUCUGGCAUGGAAAGUCAGCACAAGGAUCCCGGAAUUCGCACUUCUGACCAAUAAAGCCAUCUUUGCAAUGGCAGACAAAUUGAGCAUUGGGUUUGUCUUCGCAUUGGCCGCCAUUGAGACAAGGAUUGCCUUUGCAGUCGUCUACGUUCACCGUGCAAUUCUCACCCUCCCAACCGAAUGUACAAUCGCAUUCAUAAGGGAGGUGACUUUGGGGUUCGAAGUAUAUACUUUGAGGAAUGACACGCUCCCGACAGGUUGCGCCGUUUUUACAGGGUUGUGUAUCGCAUGCUUUACUAGUGGCGUCCGCCGGAGAUAGUUCGGUAAGAAGAAUAGUGAGUAGAAGGAGAAUACGUAGUCCACGGGAGGAUAAGAUUGAAAGUCGAUUUUUGUUGAUUGACUUAAGGAAGGAGGGAGGAAAGACUUGGCUAGAAGAUGGUAUUUUUUCCGAUUGCAUCUUCACAGAGAGUUGA